CCCCCGGCCCCGCCCCUCCGCGGAGGGCCGCGCUCGCCCGCUCCCUCAGCUGGUCGCGUCUCUCCCUCGGCCCCGCGUCUUAGCUCCCGCCUCUAGGUGUCCGGCUCCUCGCGAACAACUUUGCCACAGGCCGGGAGGCCCGAAGGCGUCGCGGAGUCGCGUGCGGCCCACUCGCGGCCGGCAGGAUGGACCCUGGUGCUCCCCCUGCCAGCCCCUCUGGCCCACAGCCUCCGUCGCUGCAGCCCCAGGCCCGCUCGAGGCUCAAUGCUACUGCCUCAUUGGAGCAGGACAAGAGUGAGGCGCCCCGAGCUCCUGGACCCCAGGUUGGCCCUGGACCAGACGUGGGAGACACAGCUGCCUCAGCUUUGGCUCGGGCCCCGAGUGCUCGGAGCCGAGAAAGAGCAGACCGAACAGGGCCCGUGAGGGGAGAUGUGGAAGUGCCCUUUGAAGAAGUCCUGGAGAAGGCCAAAGCGGGGGAUCCCAAGGCACAGACGGAGGUGGGGAAACACUACCUGCAGCUCGCGGGCAACGCAGAUGAGGAGCUGAACAACUGCACCGCCGUGGGCUGGCUGAUCCUCGCCGCAAAGCAGGGCCGGCGCGAGGCCGUCAAGCUUCUUCGUCGGUGUCUGGCGGACAGGAAAGGCAUCACUUCUGAGAACGAGCAGGAGGUGAAGCAGCUCUCCUCCGAGACGGACCUGGAGCGGGCCGUGCGCAAGGCGGCCCUGGUCAUGUACUGGAAGCUCAACCCCAAGAAGAAGAAGCAGGUGGCUGUGUCCGAGCUGCUGGAGAACGUCGGUCAGGUCAAUGAGCACGAUGGAGGGGCACAGCCAGGCCCGGUCCCCAAAUCCCUACAGAAGCAGAGGCGGGUGCUGGAACGCUUGGUUAGCAGCGAAUCUAAGAGCUACAUAGCGCUGGACGACUUUGUGGAGAUCACCAAAAAGUAUGCCAAGGGCGUCAUUCCUGCCAACCUGUUCCUGCAGGACGAUGAUGACGAUGAGCUGGCAGGCAGGAGUCCCGAGGACCUGCCUCUGCGCCUGAAGGUGGUCAAAUACCCCUUGCACGCCGUCAUAGAGAUCAAAGAGUACCUGAUCGACAUGGCGUCCCGGGCAGGCGUGCACUGGCUGUCAACCAUCGUCCCCACCCACCACAUCAACGCCCUCAUCUUCUUCUUCAUCAUUAGCAACCUGACCAUCGACUUCUUCGCCCUCUUUAUUCCCCUGGUCGUCUUCUACCUGUCCUUCAUCUCCAUGGUGAUCUGUACACUCAAGGUGUUCCAGGACAGCCGGGCCUGGGAGAGCUUCCGCACCCUCACAGGCCUGCUCCUGCGCUUCGAGCCCAACCUGGACGUGGAGCAGGCCGAGGUAAACUUCGGCUGGAACCACCUGGAGCCCUACCUCCACUUCCUGCUGUCCGUCGCCUUCGUCAUCUUCUCCUUCCCCCUUGCCAGCAAGGACUACAUUCCCUGCUCAGAGCUGGCCGUCGUGUCCGUCUUCUUCACGGCCACCAGCUACAUGAGCCUGAGCACCUCCGCCGAGCCCUAUACCAGGAGGGCCCUGGUGACCGAGGUGGCCGCUGGCCUGCUCUCCCUGCUGCCCACGCUGCCCUUCAACCUGCACCCCCUGAAGCUACUGGGCCAGACCUUCCUCGCCGUGCCCCUCGGCCCCCUCGUCGUCCUGAACGUCAGCCUCCCCUGCCUGCUCUACGUCUACUUGCUGUACCUCUUCUUCCGCAUGGCACAGCUGAGGAACUUCAAGGGCACCUACUGCUACCUGGUGCCCUACCUGGUCUGCUUCAUGUGGUGCGAGCUGAGCGUGGUCAUCCUGCUCGAGUCCACCGGCCUGGGGCUGAUCCGUGCCUCCAUAGGCUACUGCCUCUUCCUGUUCGCCCUCCCGAUCCUGGUGGCCGGCCUGGUGCUGGUGGGUGUGGUGCAGUUUGCCCGCUGGUUCCUGGCCCUGGAGCUCACCAAGAUCGCCGUCGCUGUGCUGGUGUGCAGCGUGCCCCUGCUGGUCCGCUGGUGGACCAAGGCCAACUUCUCGGUGCUGGGGAUGGUCAAGUCCCUGACGCGCAGCUCCAUUGUCAAGCUCAUCCUGGUGUGGCUCACGGCCAUUGUGCUCUUCUGCUGGUUCUAUGUGUACCGCUCGGAGGGCAUGAAGGUGUACAACUCCACGCUGACCUGGCCACAGUACAGCUUCCUGUGUGGGCCCCGGGCCUGGAAGGAGACCAACAUGGCCCGCACGCAGAUCCUGUGCAGCCACCUGGAGGGCCACCGGGUCACAUGGACGGGCCGCUUCAAGUACGUGCGCGUCACGGAGAUCGACAACAGCGCCGAGGCAGCCAUCAACAUGCUGCCAUUCUUCGUGGGUGACUGGCUGCGCUGCCUCUACGGCGAGGCCUACCCGGCCUGCGGCCCCGGCGAUGGCCCUACGGCUGAGGAGGAGCUCUGCCGCCUCAAGCGCCUGGCCAAGCACCCCUGCCACAUCAAGAAGUUCGACCGCUACAAGUUCGAGAUCACAGUGGGCAUGCCGUUCAGCAGCGCCAACGGCUCCCGUGGCCCGGAGGAGGACGACGUGACCAAGGACAUCGUGCUGCGGGCCAGCGGCGAGUUCAAGGACGUGCUGCUCGGCCUGCGCCAGGGCAGCCUCAUCGAGUUCAGCACCGUCCUCGAGGGCCGCCUGGGCAGCAAGUGGCCUGUCUUCGAGCUCAAGGCCAUCAGCUGCCUCAACUGCAUGGCCCAGCUGUCACCGGCGCGGCGGCACGUGAAGAUCGAGCGCGACUGGCGCAGCACCGUGCACGGCGCGGUCAAGUUCGCCUUCGACUUCUUCUUCUUCCCGUUCCUGUCGGCGGCGUGAGGCCGUGCCAUCCCCCGCCCCCCA